AUGGUCUCCACAACUGCAGCGGCUCUUCUUCACAACACCGUUACUCGCCUCACACUUGGCAACACCCCACUACACGCUGUGCCCAUAACAGUCGCCCAACAACUGCGGCCUCUUCUCGAGUGCAGCACUUCCCUCACGGCCUUCACACUCCACACACAGUUCACACCGCCAGAGUCACUGCGGCUUCUCUUGUUGGGAGCCUCCCGCUGCCGCAGUCUUCAACACGUGCGGCUCGUUGGUGGGAUCAGUGUUCUCCAGUCAAAGAUGGUCAUGGCCGCCUUCACACACUUCACACUCGCACACAACAUAAAAAGACCCGCCACGGCCAGACGUGUGGAUAAGAGUCCAGUGAGUAGAUGUCCACACACACCAGCACCAGCACCAGCACCAGCCGUAGGAGGAAGAGGAAGCGAAAGAGAAAGAGAAAGAGGAGUGGCCGUUAGAAGAGAGAAAGCGGAAGAUAGACGAAAUCAUGUAGGACAAUGCAAUAAAUACAGUCGAGUACACUCUGUGGGGAUUCCAAACACAAAAUCCACUCAAACUCCAUCUCCACGAUCUCCACGAUUAUAUGAAGGAGUAUACGUUGUACUAGAUCUACACCAUCUGGAUGAUGUUGUGGCGAGUAUGUUGUUAAAAGGUCUGGAGCGAUCUGAGCGUAUUGUUGGUUUGGAUGUACGCAUUGCACCAACUUCACAGGCGUCUGUACGUAUUGCAUCUCGAAUGCUUUCUCGUGCCAAUAUUAUUCUCUCUCGCAAUGCCAAACGAGUGAAUUCUCUACGUGCUACACCAAAGGCACCACGACAGGCCACACCCUUUUCCCCUACGAAUGAAAAAGAGAUUUUGAAAUCACCAGCUGUGGAGGGAAAUGCUCAUUCCAAUAUUGUUUUCGCAUCUGAAAUGGCAACAGGAGCCCCACGAGAGCCGUCAGCGUCUAACUCACGUAAUCUCCCAGCACGUCGCUAUUCCCCACCACGACUACUUUCCGCAACACCACCACCACCAUCACCACAACUACAAGAACAGAGAAAACUACCGUAUUCACCACCCCCACGACGGCCUGUAAUGAAUGGACGACAGCGUUUCUUUCGAGAAGGAGUAGAGGAUGUGUGGUGUGUGCCAAAACAUACAAGAGAUGAAGGGCACUGCACGGAUUGUUUUGUCUGCAGUGAUGAUAUCCGUUACUCUGAAGGGUUGUCUUCACCAGACCGGAGACGAGCCACAGAUGUACCUAAUCAUCAUGCUUGGAAUAAUCGAAGAGCUCACAUGCAUGGUGGCUCUUCCGUACAGCCAACACCACGCAUGAUGCAACAGGAGAAAGAGCAACAAGAAGAAGAAGAAGAAAAUGAAAAAGAAGAAGGUGCGACUGCAGUAGCAGCAGCAUUAACAACAGGAACAACAAUAACAACAACUCAUGCGAGUCCAUCUCCUUCACAUUGUACACCUUAUACACCGCGACAUGCGCCACCAUCGCCGAGAGGACAGGCAAUACAACAAAUACGCUAUCUGCGUGGUUGUGUGCGGGAUAUUAACGCAGUGGUGGUGCGUUUUCAAGUUGUAAGCCGUGAGUCUGUUCAGAGACUAGUUACAGAGAUGCGCGUUUUGGAAGAGCAGUUGACAGAAAAAGUUACUGCAAAAUUAACUGACAUGAUGAUGUCCUUAUCAGAUAUGGAAAAACAAGAAGGAUAA